UUGAGAAGGAUUGCAGAUCAGACGAAAAAAGACAUGUCUUCGAAAUCGGAUACGCCUUCGAGUAAGAACCCGCCGGGGGGUAAUUUCACAUUGGACACACGGUCGCUCCAGCUCCCCACGGGCUCGAAACCAGAUCAACCCACGCCGCCAGCACCAGCAGCUCCAAAACCGCUCUCGGAACCCGCAAAGGCAGAUCUCCGCACUUUCAUAGAAUCCUACACCAGCGGGCCGACACCAAAACUCCCCGGCGCACUCGUCCACAUCAUCGACACAUCCUCCAACGAGCUCUUCUCCUACGGUACCCAUAACUCCAGUAUCGGCCGCGCGCUCUCACCAACGGAGACGGUCGCGGUGACGUUUUCCGUCAGCAAAGUGAUUGGCGCGAUCGCGUUCCUGCAGCUCGUUGAUCGGGGAUUGGUCCAGCUAGACGACCCGCGUGUCAUCGCGGACAAACUCCCCGAGCUAGCGAGGAAAAAAGUCCACGUAGGCACCAAGGAGAACGAAGACGGGACGAAAGAAUGGAUGUUUGAAGAUCGCAAAACAGAUAUUACGCCCAGGAUGCUGAUGAGUCAUUCCUGGGGAGGCGGGCACUCGCUUUUCCACAGCGCGUUGGCGGAUUGGAUGGGGAGGCCCGAGAGGGGUGUGAGCCAUAUGGAGUGUAACGAGACGAAUGACUGGUAUUCUACUAUUCUGGAUGUGCCUUUGUUGUAUCAGCCUGGUACGAAGGCGCUGUACUCGCACGGCCCAAAUUGGAUUUCGGUGCUGCAUGAGCGGAUUACAGGACGUAGGCUUGAUGAGUAUAUGCAGGAGGAGAUGUUUGGGAAGAUGGAGUUGAAGAAGAUUGGGUUUGAGGGACAGUAUAUGGGGGAGGUUGCGGCGAGGAAGGAGGGGGAGAAAGAGGGUCCUUAUUGGCCUAAUACGUUUCUACGGGAUGGCAAGUUUGUUCCCUUUUCGGGGACUAAUGAGACUUGGAUGGAAAAGAUUGAGAGGCCGGAUGCGUUUCCUGUGGGCAAGCACCAUUGGAUACCGACGGAUUCGGGCAUCGUGGCUGCAGUUGCGGAUGUGGCGAGACUCCUAUCCAUCCUCGCGUUGCCCAAUGCUGGACUGGAUCCUGUAACAGGCAACAGGAUCUUGAGCGCAGAGGCAGUGAAGCAAAUUACGAGUCCACAGUUGCCCGAGGGUAUCAAGAACACUGGUAGACACAUCAUUUCUGAGACCGUUCCGGAUGCUCUAUACCCGGUAGACCUGGAAGCAGAACACAACGAUCCUGGGGGAUGCUUUGGGCUCUGCGGAAAUGUGCAGAAAAAAGAUCGAAUCCUGAAAAGCGGGAAGAAAGGUCGCAGCAAGGGAACUUUCUCAUGGUAUGGGGCAGCCAAUACCGAGUACUGGGUCGAUAGCGAGAAAGGCAUCAUAGCCGUACUGAACGGGAAUUGCCGACCGUGGAACCUGGAUGUCUGGCUUGGGUUGAGGGACGGGGUCGAGGAGAGGAUCUAUGCAGCUCUAGAAAAGGCCUGA